CCUCGCUGUGUAUAACACACAUGAAGUUAUUGGUAUAUCGCAUCAAAAAUUGAUAUUUCGGCUAACGUAUAUGCAAUCAUUGUAUACGUAUAAAUAUCUGCUCGGGAUAGCUUGGACUUUAAUAGUGGAUUAAGAUUUAAUAUCGAGCUGUUGUAAUUUUUGAUAAUUCUGAAUGGGAAAAAAGUGAACCGUUCUUAGAGUUUAGAAUAAGCUUAUGAUAACUUUGAAAUAAAGAAAAAAAUGGAGUCGGAUCUAAAGCAUUUGUAUUCAAAAUAUCUGAGUACACAAUCUAGACAGAUGGAGAACAAUGACGUUAUAAAGCUGAAGGAGUGUAUUCGAGAUGGAAGAAUGAGCGAGAUAAGAGGGCUUUUAGAAUCCGCCAGUCCAAAAGAGAUCAGAGUUAUAGAAGAAAAGUUUGUCAGCUCAUCAGAACAACCUACUGAUCCUGUCAAUUAUGCCAUAGAUCAAGGGAAAGAAAAAGUUGCUAUCUAUCUCCUAGAGAAAGGAUUUCCAUUGUACCAUGUCUACUGGGAGGAUAGGGCUGUGUGUGACGAGUGGUGCCGGAAAGAUCACGGACCCGACAAGUGUCCAAGACAGUACGAUUGUGUCCAGAAUGCAGAGAAUCGAGGCAUGGAAGCACUGAAAUUACGUAUAGACGCAGUAAGAGAAGGAAAGAGUAAACCAGGAGAUGGAAUAUCUGAACCAUUUGUAGACAAAUAUAUGCCACACACUCCUCCACCUAAACAAACACGACCUAUGUAUGAUAAGGAUGACCAAAACAGAUUUGUGCCUGAGAAGAAAGAAAAAUCACACGCAGAUGAAGCUAGGGAAAUUGUCGCCAAGUAUGGUGUCAAAUAUUGUAAUAAGAAAGGAGAAACUCUGCUACAUAAGUAUGUUGACAAACCAAGAGUAUAUAUGUAUGUGUUUGCCAAUCAUGGAGUACCCAUUAAUGUACAAAAUACUAAUGGUGAUACGGCGUUACAUCUUGCAGUCAGAAAAGGUAGAGCUGACGUUGUAGAAGCACUAGUACAAUGUAGCGCAGAUCUUUCCCUCCGAAAUAGGAUGGGACAGACACCUGUGGAUGAGGCAGAAGGAGAAAUCAAGUCUUUCUUGCGGAUUUUCGAGUGCGGUGUGAUCCUAGCCGUGCGGGAUUCACAUUUCAACCAAUUGCUUCGUCAAGUUAAACGCAGUUGGUGUAAUGUUCAUACAAAGGUCAAGGAUGAUAAAAGCUUAUUAGAAUGGACAAUGGAGAAAGCCGAUGUAGGCAUGCUUUCUCUGUCACCUGAGAUGAAAGUAUGCUCAAAAAAUGAAUUGAAGACCCAGGCUGACAUAGCACGAAACUCUUACCGAGUCCUGUGCGAUUGCAGACCAACAAGUGAGUUAAUACAUGCAGUAUUAUGUGAGGACGUGGAGUUGGCACAGCAAGUUUUGUGGGCAAAUAAAGACCUGAAAGUUAAUAUCAGAUUUAGGGAUCGAAAAGGAAAGACGUUACUUAGUCAUGCUAUUGAAACUAACAACUAUGAAAUGGUUAAAUUACUGGUGGUCAAUGGUGCCAAUGUAGCUCAAGUCAGAGUCAGGGAGAAUGAGCAAACUGACGUAACUGUUCCACUAUAUCAGAAGGCCUUACGAAGAGAUUUAGAUGUAAACAUUGUAAAGCUUUUACAGACAGUGCUUACAGAUAGUACUGAACAUCAAGAAAAAGAUGUGAACGGUAACACCCCUUUGUUGCGAGCUAUUGAGAAUGGAGUAGAUACACAAACUAUUCAUUGGUUAAUUAAAGCAAGGAGAGGCUACUCACUCAUGGACAGGAACUGUGAUGGUUUUACUCCUAGAGAAAUAGCUUUCAAGAGAGGCAGAGAUAAUGUUGUGAAAAUGAUAGACAGGUACAUUGCUAAAGAACUGCCACCAAUUGUGUUACGACUUUUCCCAGUUGCUUUUUACCCAUCAGAACUUCUCAAUAUUGUAGACGAGGAAUAUAUUCAACAAAUGACUGGAGAUUCUUUGGAACAGAAGCUAACCAAGGUUGCUAAAGAGCAUCAUGUGUCAACAUGGAUAGAUGUUAACCAAACACAGAACAAUGCUAUAGCCUUGUUUGAAGCCGCAGCAACUGGGGAUGUUAAAAAAGUUUUUCAGUAUAAUAACGCUAAUUACCAAGACAAGAAUGGGUUUACUGCUUUAACAAGAGCAAUAGUAUUCAACCAGUUUGAUGCAGCUAGAGAACUUUGUACCAGAAGGCCUGCCUUGAGAAAAAUAGGAGACAACUGCAAUCGUUAUCCAUUACAUUAUGCCUAUGCAUUACCCAAGGAGCAAGGUGAACAGUUUAUCAAAGUAAUUUUAGAGAAAGAUGCUAACGAGAUUGAAAACAGGGUAGAUAAGGAUGGAAGGGUAGCAGCUGACUAUGCAGAAUUACGAGAAACAAAGGAGAUAAAACAAAUGUUGUACGAUGCUAGAACACUUGACUUGUUUGGAAAGAGAGGACGACCAUUGGGUCCGUGGCCAAAAGGUGCUGAUCAUAUUCCUCCAACAGAACAGUAGAUGUUUAAACAAGAG